AUCGCGGCAACGUCGUAUUUUCUGUAAGUUGGUAGCAUUGAUCUCACUCCUACAUCAGCUGCGUGAACGCGAAGUGUGGUCCGAGCACGUGUAAUAUAUAGACGCAUCGUUUGAGGUUAGUUUUCGCUUGCGCUACGAAAAUGCCGUAAGUAAAACGUUACAUGUGAAAAGGAAAAUUUGUCACUGAAAAAGUUUAGAAUCAACGGUUAGCACAGACAAAUACUGAGAAACGUAAUUUGAAGACACGAAUCAAAACCACAUCAGAUGAUUGUAUGGAAAAUACAAGUACUGCGGAGAAAGAAUCAACAGAUAUCGAUGAUAAACAAGAUCUUUCGAAUGAGCCUGGAUGCCGAAUCGUGGAUUUAAAAUUUCUCGAUGAACAGUUAUGGUGCACAUCUUGCAAAGAAACUUUAUCAUUAAAGAAUAUUAAACAAGAAGAACGUCGAGGCCUUGGAUCUGUUUUGUUUAUACGAUGCCAUAAAUGUUUAUUUGUUAAUCCUGUUGUAACAGGAAAGCAACACAUUCCACCUGGAAAAUCAAGACGCAACUCACGAUUUGAUGGUAAUACCAAAUUAGCAAUAGGACUGAUCCACAGUGGAAUAGGUUUCACAAAUUUAAACAAACUGUUAGCUUGUUUAAAUAUUCCACCAAUAAAUUUCAAGACGUAUAAAAGAUACGAAGCAGAAGCAGGAGGAGCACUGGAAAUAGCAGCUAAAGAAAGUUGUCAGCAUGCAGUUGAAUUAGAGCGACAGCUAACGUUAGAAAAUAAAGCGACUGUUGAAAUAAACAUAUAAUUUUGUAUUUCGUUUUACAAUUAAAUUUGCCUUCAAUUGUACAUUGA